CGCCCCGGAGGUCUGCGCGGUGGCUGGCUGGCCAGUCGGUCGGCGGAGGGAGCGGCCGCCCCCAGGCACGCGCGCGCUGCGCUCUUCGCCCCUCCGCGCAGCGGUUCUGCCUCGUCGCUGUCAUGCCAGGUGCUGCUCCGUACUAGCGCCGAGUACGCUGCCCGCCUGCCCAAAGCCGCGCCCACUGCCCAGAGCCAGAGGGAUGGUGGUAGUCACGGGGCGGGAGCCAGACAGCCGUCGCCCGGCCGGUGCCAUGUCCAGCUCCGACGCCGAAGACGACUUUCUGGAUCCGGCCACCCCGACGGCCACACAGGCGGUGCAUGCGCUGCCCCUGCUGACCCAGGAGUUUCCUGAGGUUGUCCCCCUUAACAUUGGAGGGACUCACUUCACCACACGACUGUCUACUCUGCGGCGUUACGAAGACACCAUGCUGGCAGCUAUGUUCAGUGGGCGUCAUCACAUCCCCACCGACGCGGAAGGCCGGUACUUCAUUGAUCGGGAUGGCACACACUUUGGAGAUGUGCUGAAUUUCCUGCGCUCUGGGGACCUGCCACCCCGGGAACGUGUGCGGGCUGUGUACAAGGAGGCCCAGUACUAUGCCAUUGGGCCCCUCCUGGAGCAGCUGGAGAACAUGCAGCCACUGAAAGGGGAGAAAGUACGCCAAGCAUUUCUGGGACUCAUGCCCUAUUACAAAGACCAUUUGGAGCGGAUUGUGGAGAUUGCCCGGCUGCGCGCAGUACAGCGGAAGGCCCGCUUUGCCAAGCUCAAGGUCUGUGUCUUCAAGGAGGAAAUGCCCAUCACCCCCUAUGAGUGUCCACUUCUCAACUCUUUACGCUUUGAGCGGAGCGAGAGUGAUGGGCAGCUAUUUGAGCACCACUGUGAAGUGGAUGUAUCUUUUGGGCCCUGGGAGGCUGUGGCUGAUGUUUAUGACCUGCUGCACUGCCUAGUCACGGACCUCUCAGCCCAGGGCCUCAUCGUGGACCACCAGUGCAUCGGGGUGUGUGACAAGCACCUCAUCAACCACUACUACUGCAAGCGCCCCAUCUAUGAGUUCAAGAUCACAUGGUGCAGGAAGAAGAUGAGCCUUAAGUCUGAGCGCCGAGGAAUUCAUGUGGAUCAAUCAGAGCUCCUAUGCAAGAAAGGAUGUGGUUACUACGGCAACCCUGCUUGGCAGGGUUUCUGUUCCAAGUGCUGGAGGGAGGAGUACCACAAAGCCAGGCAGAAGCAGAUUCAAGAGGAUUGGGAACUGGCAGAGCGACUACAACGGGAGGAGGAAGAGGCCUUUGCUAGCAGUCAGAGCAGCCAGGGGGCCCAGUCUCUCACAUUUUCCAAGUUUGAAGAAAAGAAAACCAAUGAGAAAACCCGCAAAGUGACCACAGUGAAGAAGUUCUUCAGCGCUUCAUCCAGAGUCGGAUCAAAGAAGGCAGAAAUUCAGGAAGCAAAAGCUCCCAGUCCUUCCAUAAACCGGCAAACCAGCAUUGAAACGGAUAGAGUAUCUAAAGAAUUCAUAGAAUUUCUCAAGACCUUCCACAAGACAGGCCAAGAAAUCUAUAAGCAGACCAAGCUGUUUUUGGAAGCAAUGCAUUACAAAAGGGAUUUAAGCAUUGAGGAACAGUCAGAGUGUACUCAGGAUUUUUACCAGAAUGUGGCUGAAAGAGUGCAGACUCGUGGAAAAGUGCCUCCAGAAAGAGUUGAGAAAAUAAUGGAUCAGAUUGAAAAGUACAUCAUGACUCGUCUCUAUAAGUAUGUGUUCUGUCCAGAAACUACUGAUGAUGAGAAGAAAGAUCUCGCUAUUCAAAAGAGGAUCAGAGCCCUGCACUGGGUUACACCUCAGAUGCUUUGUGUCCCUGUUAAUGAAGAAAUUCCAGAAGUAUCUGAUAUGGUGGUGAAAGCAAUUACAGAUAUCAUUGAAAUGGAUUCGAAGCGUGUGCCUAGAGAUAAGUUGGCCUGCAUCACCAAGUGCAGCAAACACAUUUUCAAUGCCAUCAAGAUCACCAAGAAUGAGCCAGCUUCAGCCGAUGACUUCUUACCCACUCUCAUCUACAUUGUUUUGAAGGGCAAUCCCCCACGCCUUCAGUCUAAUAUUCAGUAUAUCACCCGCUUCUGCAACCCAAGCCGAUUGAUGACUGGAGAGGAUGGCUACUAUUUCACCAAUUUGUGUUGUGCUGUGGCUUUCAUUGAGAAAUUAGAUGCUCAGUCUUUGAAUUUAAGUCAGGAAGAUUUUGAUCGAUACAUGUCUGGCCAGACUUCUCCCAGGAAGCAAGAAUCUGAGAAUUGGUCUCCUGAUGCUUGUUUAGGUGUUAAGCAAAUGUAUAAGAACUUGGAUCUCUUGUCUCAAUUGAAUGAACGACAGGAAAGGAUUAUGAAUGAAGCCAAGAAACUUGAAAAAGACCUAAUAGAUUGGACAGAUGGGAUUGCAAAAGAGGUUCAAGACAUUGUUGAGAAAUAUCCACUUGAAAUUAAGCCUCCAAAUCAGUCUUUAGCAGCUAUUGACUCUGAAAAUGUUGAAAAUGAUAAACUUCCUCCACCACUGCAACCUCAGGUUUAUGCAGGAUGAUAAAAAUGUACAUGGAUAGUAUUUAUUUAGCCUAAAUUGUAGCUAGCUGUUACUACAGUCCACUGAAUGGAUCUAAAAUGUAACUUAAUUGCUUAUAAAUGUCAGCAAUUUUAAAGGUACAGUUUGUGGGGAUUCUUUUUGUUUUGUUUUUCCUAAGGGAAGCUUAGUAAAUAAUAAAGCAGUAUUUAUUUGAAUUACUGAAAUAGAUUCAUUUAAGGCAUGUGUGAAAAUUUCGUCUAAAUCGAUUUUUUCUCCAUGAUUUUUCUAUAUGCUUCCUUCGUGGCAUUCAAUGUAAUAUGGAUUUGGGUAAAUAAUUGCCUCUUAAAGGAUAAAACAAGUGAAUGCUACGAAAUGUGUGUUCAAGGGAAUUCAGUGGUACCACUACUCUACACUUUGAAAUAAUUUUAUAAUUGUAAAGAUAGAAGAUAUAUUGAUAAGUAUGUAAAAUUGUAAAUAUGUUAAAAAAAAAAAAGGAAUGGUAUGUAUCGUGCAUGGCAUUUCAUGCGUCCUUUUUUUUUUUUUAGUUUAAAAUGGUUUAUUUAAUGUUUCCUUUAAUACCGUUUUAUUUGAUUUCCCCACUAAAGUGAAUCUAGAAGUGUUUAGACAUACUCCCCUUAAAAUUUUGACUCCAUCUUUAACAAUAUGGUAACCCUAACUUUGAGGUACUGUAGAGUCAGAAACUAUGACACCAUUGAGGUUCAGGACAAUUUUAAGUCAUAUAAAGUCACUGUACAGUUUAGUCAAUGAAAGACUUUGAACCAUGCUUCACACACCUCUUUCCUCUUUUCAUUCAGCAGAUAUUGAGCUCUUUGAUGUAAAGGAGAACUUGCUCUGGGUCAAAGGACAGGGGAAUGAGUGGGACUCUGCUGGUGAGAGCUGAUGGGGUGCCCUCAGAGCUAUAAAGUACAGAGGGAGGGGGACCUUUUGCCUCCAUAGUGUACUUUUGACUUUAUGGACAGCCCCGACACAUGUCAUAUAAACUUUCAUGGUUUCUCAACCUCAAUACUACUGAUAUUUGGGACCUGAGGGGUAUCUGUUGUGGGGGAUUAUGCACUGUAGGAUGUUUAGCAGCAUCCCUAGCCUAUGUAUCCACUAGAUGGCUACAUAGGCUCCCCACAGUUGUGAAAAAUUAUCUCCAGACAUUGCCAAAUGUGUCCUGGGGUGGGGGGCGGCUACAAAAUCUCUCCAGUUAAGAACCACUGAUCUAUUUUGUAAGCAAGGGAGUUAUCCUCUUGGUAGUUAAUACAGUAUAACCAAAGAAUAUUGCAUUAAGUGCACAGCGUAAUGUUAACUGAUAUCUCAUUCAGUGAGACUUUACAGCCACUGUCCGUGUGGAACCUUUUCUAAUACUAAUGGAACCUUUCAUAACCUAAAUAUGUGAUUGAUGUUCCUCCUUCCCAUCAGUGAUUUCUUCAGAUUAUCAGUGUACCUGGGAAAUUGAAAUUCCCAGGGCACCGUUCUUAAACAAGGUCAUAUCACACAAGCAGUAAAAAAGUUUCCUUUUCUUUUCUAAUACCUUGUUAAUAGUGUACCCACAAAUUUGUAGUGCAGUAAUUUUGAAGUAAAACUAGGGUAAGUAUAAAACUUUAUCUUUUACUUAAAUUUAAAUAUAAAAUCCAUCAAGUUAACACAUCUAUUGUCAUAAGCACUGAGGAUAUGAAGCGGUUCGCUGAGACAGUUCAUGUGGAAUGGAAGAGUUGCUCUCAAAUAUUGGUGAGAAUUAGCUGUUAGAAACCUGGGUCCAAAUGAUUCUCAUAGAAAGCUCCCCCAACCACUUUUUUUUAAAUUUUCUAUGUAUUUUCUAGGUGCUAAUCCAGGUAUACAUACUCAAUUCUCCUGGGAAUAUAUAGUUCUUUUAGUCUGUGUGCAUUGUUUGUUAAAUAAAAUGUGUAUAUCAGCCUCCCACUAAA